CUGAUCUUAAGCAGGUGUGAUUUAGAGUUGAAUCUCGCCAAAGGCUGACGCAGACCUCGCGCCUUAGCAAUGUCGUCUCCUCCGCCUCUUCUUCUUCCGCCUCUUUCUCCUGUCCCUACUCCUCCUUCACCAACUCCUCCUUGUCACUUACUUAAACUUCCCGAGGAGCUUCAGCAGAAGAUCUGGCGCCUGUCCCUCCCUGACUUCACGAUCCACCACGUGGUUAUAGAGAUCCUGUCUGGCUAUAAUAGGUGGUGCAAGGCCGAUCCCGGCGAUUGGCCAGGUCUGAAUGCCCUCGACCUAAUGUACGACAAGCGGCCAUGCCAUCGUUGGCGUCAGGUCAUCAAAUCUCCACGGCGACCUGCUGGUCUUGACGUCUGCAAAGACAGUCGGAGAAUCAUGCUCCCUUGGUUCCGCGAGUUUCCGAGAAGGUGCAUUCGGCAGCUGGUCCAGAAUAACGAGGGGGAGGAUUACUUCCUGGAUAUCGACGAUCCAUCGAGAGGUAGUCUUAGCCUCGGUCUGUGCAACCCGCUCACAGACUUUCUCUACGUCAAGGGCGAACUUGCCAUGUUUCCGCUGAAUCUACGGGACGUCCCUGUUCUUGGUGUAUCGGUGCAGCUUGCGAAGAACGGCAGCGUGGGAUACGGUUUGGCCUGCAACCUUCUCGCCCGAGUUGUAUCCCCCCAUUACAGCCCUCGCUUGUCAUACAUCAAUGUGGUGUUCACUUGGCGCUACAACGAGCUCGUUGGGGAGCACCGACUAUGCGACAUAACAGUGCCUGUCGGGAGGCCUGUGGUCUGGACGGGGAACGCUGGUCAUGUGGAGGCCCUGCCGAUUUACAAUUGGCAAUUUGUCCACUAUGGUCAAGACGACAAUCGAAUUGCCACAGGAGGUCAAUUUCACGAGGAAGACUUGAUGACAUUGCCUCAACAUGACACCGGCAGCCAUACCAUGCUUGUCCUGUCAACUAUGCCCAUGUCAUGCAAAUGCUCCGGGAUGGUUGAAGCCAUGACAACACUGGCAGCUAGUUUGACUGACGAGGAGAUGGCUCAGUUCCACCCCAAGUGAUAAUGGACGGCGGAAACGGUCGAAUCGAGGGUAGUGGCGGUGUUAAGGAUGAUGCAAGUGAGACGGAUGGUUGGCAACGCCUUCGAGAGGAGUCUGGCGAGCGGGACGGACCUAUGAUGUAGAUAGCAAUUGAACUAGUACACGGAGUUCAUAAAAGGCUUGAUCGGUGUCACCACUGCCCUUAAGCUGCAAUUAAAGUCAAGAAGAAUCUUACGGCAAGCUUAACUAGUAGAUGGCAUUGAGUUUCUAGCUGCAUGAGAAGAA